GAUACCAAAACAUGGUGGCACACACGGAGCUCCCCGCACAAGUUCCCCACGAAAAAAUACUAAAUAACAAGCACUUUGAAAGAUGUAACAACGAGAAAACACCUGUCAACAGCGCAGGAGGUACCAAGGGAAAAGUUCACCAUCAGAAUGGAACUACUAUUUCUACUCAAAAUGGCUAUGCUAGUCCAGGAUAUGAAAACUCAAAUGUACCCAAUAAGAAAAAGAUACACCAGAAGGAGGAAGAAUGCUCAAUCUUUGUAGCCUUCUUCACCUUCCUGUCUUACGGAGUCCUUCUCUUGGUGGGGCACAUAAAGGAGUUCUUCAGCCGUGCAACCACCAAAGAAAAGAAUAGAGAGGACAUCGAGGAGUGUUCACCGUUCACCAACUUCACCAUCUAUCUGUCCUAUGGCGUCCUCUUCUUCGUGGGCUACGUCAAGGAAUUCUUCUACCCACCAUCAACGAAAGAAAAAAACAGAGAGGGCUAUGUUCCUCUGUACAUUGGAUUUGAGAGCUUCUACACCCGCAAUGUGUAUCGUCGUAUUCAAGACUGUUGGAAUCGAACGAUAUGUAGUGUUCCUGGUGCAGAAAUUGAUCUUAUGGAACGAUAUACUCCUGACUAUGGCUGGACUAUGAAACUAACAGGUAAAAUAAUAAAGUGCAUAAAUGCUGGAUCAUAUAACUAUCUCGGGUUUGCGGAGAACAAAGGUCCUUGCCAUGAUGCAGCUGAACACACUACAAAGGAAGUUGGAAUAACAACUAGCAGUCCUCGCAUGGAGCUCGGUACUUUGGAGAUCCACCGUGAGCUUGAGCAACUUGUGAUAGAGUUCCUUGGGGUGGAAGAUGCCAUCACCUUUGGCAUGGGUUUUGCCACCAAUGUGCUCAAUCUGCCCUCGCUUCUUGAUCCAAGUUGUUUGGUGCUAUCAGAUGAAUUUAACCAUGCAUCCCUGAUUUUAGGCCUGCGCCUCUCUGGGGCCACAGUUAAAGUAUUUCGACAUAACAACAGUGAAGACUUGGAAAAGAAGCUUCGGGAGGCUUUGAUUUGUGGUCACCCAAGAACUCAUCGCCCCUGGAAAAAGGCCAUCAUUGUAGUUGAGGGAAUCUAUUCAAUGGAAGGAAGCAUAUGUGACCUUCCAAAUUUUGUCAGAAUCAAGAAGAAAUACAAGACUUACUUGUAUGUAGAUGAGGCCCAUAGCAUAGGUGCUUUGGGCCCAAAUGGUGGUGGAGUUGUGGAUUAUUAUGGUGUAGAUCCAAAGGAAGUUGACAUCCAAAUGGGAACUUUUACAAAGAGUUUUGGUGCAGCAGGCGGCUACAUUGCUGGAUCAAAGGACCUGAUCAACCACUUACGUGUGACCAGUCAUGCCCAGAUAUAUGCAUCAUCAAUGUCUCCUCCAGUAGCCCAACAGAUCAUCACAUCAAUGUCUAUUAUUAUGGGCAAGAAAGGAUCUGGUGAAGGUCGCAGACGUAUCCAACAGCUGUCUAGGAAUGUGAAGUAUUUCCGACAACGCCUCAGACAGAUGGGAUUCAUUGUUUAUGGCCAUGAUGAUUCUCCUGUUGUGCCAAUGAUCUUGUACCUGAUUCCUAAAAUUUCAAAGUGCUGGACAUUGCACAAAUUCUGGUGAGCUGUUCACAAGUAAAGGUAGGAUGAAGGAUAUAUGUAGCAUUGCGCAUGUUGUCACCGUCAACAAUUAUGACAUGAUUGGUGAGAUAAAUAGCUACUGUAUUUGGACAGUAUUGAUUACUUCGGCUUAAGUUUGCAUCCAGGCUUGAUGCAAGUAAUUUAUAAUUUUGUGAAUAGUCCUUUGUUGGUGUAUAUUGUAUGUAUUAUAAUUGCGCGCUUAUUUUUGCUUGCAUAAAAAAAAUCUAACAGUUUUUUCUUAUGAUUAUGUUGAUUUACUUUUUUUAUUAUUAUAAUUUCUUAACGAUUUAUAGCAAAUAGUAAUAUAAGCUGUUUAUGACAAGAUGUCAUGAAAUAUGUGGAUGUAAUUUUAAUUACAGAUGUAAUGCAUUUUUGUUUGAUUUUACAUAUAUCAGUCGAGUUGUAAUAACUUUGGUAAUACGUACAGUAUAAUAUGAUCAGUGGUGUUUAAUUAUAUGUACUGUAUAAUUUUUUGCUACAGUGUCUAUUUUUAUUAUGACAGACAUUGAAUUUGGAAGUACCUGUAUGACAAAAAUUUUUAAAUUAUUACACAGUAAAGAGAUCACUGGAGCUACAUUACCAUAAUAAAACAUUAUUUGAACAUUUUAUAUUCCAGUUAUUCUGUACGGUAUUACUAAGAUGAUUUAUUUCAAUAAUGACUUUAAAAAAUAUGUAACAAUUAAGUCAUGUAACAAUUAAUUUUAUUUAGAACCCUUGUGCAGUAGAUGCCAUAACCUACCAACAAUUAGAUGUGUACUGUAGAGGUGAAGUGCAGAAAAGGUGAAGAAAGUCAGUCUGAGAGUUUUCACCAAGACGAAUCUUAAACAUAAAAAAGAGUAACAGACCACACAAAACAUAAUUUUUCAGAGAAAUUAAACCCAAUAUUAGGACCAUUCUUCUCUUCACUUACUCAUUUCAUUAUCAUGAAGAAGAUUACCUUUGAAGGCAGUGCUCCCUAUCUUCUUUUCAUAUUUAUCUGUACUUUUAUGAGAGCUUCUUCACUUUCAUAUGAAGUUGAUAUCAGUCUAAUGCACUGCAAUUUGGUUGAUCACUUGUUAAUUACUGGGCAUUUUUAUGAAAUACUGUAUGUACAUAUGAAUGGAAAGUCCUGCAUAGCAUGGACCUCUGGUGCCCAAGGGCCAUUGACUCCAUUUGCAUUCCCCCUCAAUACUGUAUGUAUACAGUAUUGUAUACUGUACCUGUAUACAUACUGGGAUGCCUUGGUUAACAAAAGGGUUAGGGACCAAAUUACCCAUAGGAUCAAUGUAAGUAUGGGAGUUAGGUUCUGAACUACCUCAUAGAACCCUAAUUUUUGCUAUAAUUUCACUUACAGUAAGGAUAUGUACAGUAUACACCUAUGGCCAUUAAAAAAAAGUAUUGUACCAGCACUCUCAAUAGUAUCCAUCAAAAGUGAUGUAUUUACUGAAAAAAGAACAUUGUUUUAUCAGCCCAUUCCUUACUAAAUUUGCAUGGUGCCAUCACAACUUUGGACAGCUUUUUACAAUUUCCUCUACCAUCUGUGGUGAUUUGAAUUUUAUAUAUUGUACCUGUAUUAUAGUAUUCAGUACGUGUUGUACUUCCUUGCAUAAAGAUGUGUUUGUUGAACAUGUUUUACUAUUAACUGGAAAUAAAGAGGGUUUUUUAAAUUUGCUCAAGUUGCAUUUGUUGGCCUAUCAAAUGUUGCUGCUAAUCCACCCACUGGGCGGUUAGUGGAUUUAUAUUUUGUUUGACAUUGGUAAGUGUGAAUAUUUCCAUGUAAGUACAGUACUGUACUUUACUAUAGUAAUGGUAUUCAGAAUUAUAUUUUCUUUCUGCCUCAUUGAUCUUUGUUUCCAUUUUAAUAUCGUUAAGUGUUCUGAAAUAUGAGGGAGUGUUCUGGGAGGAUUUUUCUAAACCAGGAUGUCCCUCUGUGUGUGUAUACACAGUAUAUAUACUGUACUGUAUAUAUGUUGUGUAAAUAUCCAAAUCUCUCGUGAAACUCAGUGUUUGAUAACCAAUCACAUCAGAUAACUUGAUUCUUGCUGAAGAGAGAAGCUUUCAUUUUCUGCCUAUUCUUUUAGGCAUAUUUUUCCUCUUCUUAUUUCUCUGUUCUGUGCAGAUUUAAUUUUCAUUGUCUACAUAUAGACCAGCUGCAGUAGCCUCGUCCACUAAUCCAUUCCAAUUUUCCUAUAUAAAAAGGCCAAGAUUUUCCAUGUCAGCAGCAGCUUCUUUAAUGUUCAAAAUGGAUAGGGAGUCUUUUUCUGGGUGAUAUUCACUCUUCUAUCUUAUUCCAAAAUGGAAGUAAAACUACUACUAAAAGCUCAAUAGACUGUUCUGUAAAUUGUCAUCCUUGCUCCUUGUCUCCAUGUUCUCUUGAUACCAUCAUUUAUAUCUUCAAGUAUCUUGACUAGAUAGUCAAAUACCUGUGCAGUGUCUUCCUUGUACUCCAUUGCAUCUGUUACUCAUGCUUCAGGAAAUUUUUUAGAUCUUCCUUCAUUCUUAUCCAACAACCAGUGGAAUUAAGAAAGAACAUUGAUUGAAACUUAGCUGUUUCAAAAAAGGUAACAGCAGUUCGAUUGACUGAACUAGCAUACACACGAGUCUGAUUCAAGGAGUGUUUAUUGGAAUAAAUAAAUACAGCUUAAUGGUUUCAAUUUAACAGCCUAGCCUGAACAUUGCUGCUGUGUCCACUUUUUUUUUUGCUGCGUUGUCAUACAUUCGACCUUAAAUAUUUUAAAGAGAAAGGUCAUAUGAUUCAAAUUGUUCAGCAACCCCUGCCCUGCACCCCACGUCCUUCCCUUCACUAUGCCACUGGCUCUGUAUAUUAAUUGUGAGAUUGUUACAACAAAAAGAAUGAACAGAUGGAGGCAAGAAAAAAUGCUUUUGCUCUUGGUUUUUGCUACUUUACAAUUUAGUGGGAAAAAGUCUGUUAUACUGACAUAAAUACAGUAAUAAAUUAACAGUAGAUCCUCAAUAUACACAGGAGGUUGCAUUUCUUAACAUCCCUAUGCAGUACAGUAUUUAACAAAGUUCAUGAAAGUCAGUCUUCACUUGUUAUGGAAAAAUAGUGGUUCAAUGGAUCUCAAAAACCUUUUUCACCCCCAAAAUCUUACUUCAGGUGUUUAGAAAGAAAAACACAUUUAAAGGUCUUUACAUAGGCGAUCAGUGGAAGAAGGGCAAAUUAGCCAGCAUGGAGAUACUGUACAUGCAAUCACUUGUUGCCUAGAUAAUUCUCUGAGGGUUGUAAGCUGGAUGAAAGUGUAUAUGCAUGAAUACUUGUCCGAGAAAAGUCUAGGCAACAAAUGGGUUCAUGUACCUCAAUACCAGCCAUGUUUGUUGAUAUGCCCUUCUUCCACCAACCACCUAUGUGCUUCCUUCAUCUCCUUUGCUUUCACCUGACAGACACAUAAUUUGCUCUCGUAGAAUAAUUAUAAUAAGGAAAGCUGUAUUUAAGUGUGAGUGAGAUGUUCAUUGUAUAGCAUGAUGUAAUUUUGACUAUACAGUAGUGUUGAAAUUAUGCUCUAUUGUUGAGUCCAACCAUUUACGGCUCAUUCACAUGGGUGUUGGAGCAUGUUCAGUAAUGCAUUAGGUCAUGCGUGAAGGUGUAUAAAAUUUGUUUUCUCUUUCCCUGCAGUUUGUCCUUUAAAAAAAAACUCUGGCCUUAGAAAUGUGAUUUUUUUUUUCUGAUUUUUCUUUUUUUUUUCCUUUAAAUGGAUAUUAGUUACAGAAGUUUUAUCACAAAUCUUUGAUGAUUUAUGUAAAGAUAUAAAAAGCUGUUAUUGAUACAGUAUUGUAUAUCCAAAGACAAACAAAAUAUUCUACUAGGUACUGUGUGCUGAAACAUUAAAUUUAAAAGAAUUGGUUUGUGCACUUUAAUUGGUUACAU